AUGCUCCUCAAAACCCUAGCCCUAUCCCUCCUCCUCGCAAACAUAGCAAGAACCGAAGACGAACCCCAACUCUUCUCCAACAUCACCCUCAACGCAGACAAUGACUUCUCCGUCUUCGCCCACAAUCCAAGUCUAGACACCCGCGCCCUGGAAUGCGGGAUUGGCUACAGCGAAUGCGCAUACGACUCCACCCGCUGCUGUCCCGUCGGCGGGAAGUGCUGUGGGAACGGGUACUGCGCGUCGAUAGGCGAGAAAUGCUGCACGGGCGGCGGGACAUGUCCGGCUGGAUAUAAGUGCUGUGCUGGGUCGAGGGGAUGUGCGCCGAUUGGUGGGGAGUGUUGUGCUGGUGGCUCGUAUUGUCCGGUUGGGAAGAAGUGUCGUAUUUAUAGGGGGAGGAAAGUUUGUUGUUCGAGUGUGCUUGGGUGUGCUGGGGAGAAUGAUGGGAUUGGAUCUGGGGGAACGGUUGCGGAUUCGGAUCCUACGUCUACGUCUACGUCUACGUCUACGUCUACGUCUACGGAAACUGAGACUGAGACUGCGACGGCGACGAAGACUUAUCUUGAUGUUGAUUGGGAUUAUUAUUAUACUACUAUCUACUGGACUUAUUGGUUCUAUUACUGGACUUCUUAUGCGCCUUAUACUGUUCAGACGGUUACUAGUACCAAAACGAGCACGCGCACUGUCUGGUCGGUUUAUGCGACGAAUAGUGCGGUGGCGACGUCCUCGCUUGAGGACAUGUCGUCUAGUUAUACGUACCGCCCGCCUCACUCGGCGACUUCGCUUAAAUACUCAUCUGAGCCUGUUACGUUGUCGGCGACGGGUGACUCUGUCCCGGCUGCUACAUCGGCUGUUUCAACGUAUGGAGUGAUUGGACUUGCUCCGCCAGGCACUGAUGCUGCGGUGGGCGUGGGGAUUAGUGGUACUGGCAUCCUGGCUGCUGUCUUGGUUGCUUUGGUUGGGGGCUUGGCCUUUGGGCUGUGA